AUGCGUGCCGUCCCGCGCACCCUGCUGUCCAGCACCCGCCGCCGACCGACGACGAAGCUGCCAAUAUCCCCAGAUCAACAGCACAAGACGGAGCCCAGUACCGUCUCCACAUCAGCCAAAUUGUCAGCACCACAGGAACCCAGUCGGGGACGUUCCGUGUCUGCUGGGUCAAGCCAUUCGAGACGAGUCGUCGACGAAGCCCUGCUAGGACACGACGAUCCCACAGCCAGACGCAGCCAGGAGAGCCUCUGCGGCCCAGGCCCAGCACCACUCGAUCCUCCUGCACCAUCAACACCACCAGCUGCCGCCGCCGACAGCAUCGUCCGCUCCACCCACGGCCCAGGGGCAAGACCGCAGCCUCCGCCGCCCCAGUACCCUGCCUCUGAGGCAUCUCGCCCGACUGCUACGUCGCUCGUUUCUCACCGGACCGCACCUCCGCCUUUCUCCUCCCUCUUUGCCAGCUUUCCGCCGCCGGACCAACACAGCCCUGCUUCUGUGCUCGAGACCGACGAUCCCUCUGGCUCUGCCGUAGCUCCUUCCGACCUCUUCGACCCGGAACCCGCCCAGGGCGACAAAUCCCCUGCCCCUGCCUACGAGCCGCCGGCUGCAUCAAGCUCCUCGGAACCGCCCAACACCUACCAGGAGACCCUCGCCGAGACCAAACGCGCCCUCCCCCAAGACACCAAGGGCGAGAGUAGCUCGCGCCCAAAGGACGACGACGCCGAACCACCACCAGCCUACGCGGAGGGUUACAGCCCCCUCCAGUCCUUCACAUACCUGAUGGCUGCUGCAGGAGGAGCCUCGAGUAUCAUUACUCAGGUGCAACAGGGCGGACCGCCCAUCAAUACCAUUGGAGAUGUCGGCGCCGACGAGACUAUAACCAUGGACCUUAGGGGUACACGGUUUGUUCUCUCCCGCGAUGAGCUCCUGACGCUCCCCGAGUUUGUCCUGCUGUCCCUUUUCCCCAACGGGCUCUUCCCUGAAGGGCACAUGGGCGGCUCGACCGACGGCGACGCCAUUCAAGUCGAUUAUGACCCGGAAUCUCUACAGUACAUGCUUGAGUUUUUCCGCAAGGUUGCCUCGUCGAUCCCAGCUGAGUCGUCACCACCACCAUCGCAAGAUGGCGAUGCGCUGCCCAUCGAGCCGCUGGGUGGCGCAGGGCGUGAUGACUCGUCAAAGAGGGCAGGCAUCAUUGUACUGCGCGAGGACCUCGACUUCUAUGUCAUCCCGCCCAAGGCAGAUAUCCAGCAGCCGGAGAUGAUCGAAGUGAAAAGGGCCGCGGCCAGGGCGCUCUUGAAGCAGGACGGCAUCUUCUCCGGGCUGAAGCGAAGCGACGAACCCGGGACUACAGAGGCUCAUUUGAUUGAGAUGUUGACAGCGGGUCUCGCUCUAGCAAGGCUCCGCAGUGACAUCCGUGGUAACGAAAUGGGCAACAACGCCGUGGGCAUGGCACAGAAGCUGUUGCUUUUCUGGCGGAAGCCGGCCAGGAGAUGUUGGUGGGAAGGCGUGGAGCUCGACAACGUCGAGGGUGUGGAGGGGAAGCUCAAGGUGUGGAUCCGACGAGUCUGGACGCUGGAGAUGAGUGUCAUCGGUCUGCGGUGA